CAAGUCGCCCGCGUUGCGACUAGUAUUCUGGAGCGCAACGGUUUGUCCUGCUGCGUCUUCGGGAGUAUGGCGUGCAACCUGUACGGCACGACUAGGACGCCUAAUGAUGUGGAUAUAGUGGUCAUGACCAGCUCGUACACCCAGGAGGAGCUGAAGGAGCUCAUCCGCCGCUCGGACAGCCGGUUCUACCUCAUCAAGCCCAAGACACCGAACGCCACGUACCGGGUGUUCUACUUCCGCCUGGACGGGUACAGGCGCAGCUGCAAGGUCGAUAUCCUGCUCCCCGGCAUCAUGAGCAUACCGACCAUCCCACGCGGGCGGAUCACGAAGGUCCACGACAUCCCUGUGAUGCCGCUGCCCGCGCUGCUGCUACUGAAGCUGCAGGGAUGGUCCGACCAUAAGGGGUCUACGAGACCCGAUAUGGUCGACAAGCAGUAUGUCGAUGUGCAGGAUGUCAGCGAGCUGCUUCGUAUCGCGCAUAACAGAGAUCUUUGGAUGCCCAGUGAGACGUGGUUGCCAAGUGCCUUUCUGGACAUGGGGGAGGAAAGAGUCGAGAGGUUUGUGGAAGAGUAUACAUCCACCAGUGAUCCGUGGGAAGCAGUGGGGUAU